AAUAUGGUUCUUAACCGGAUCCACGCCGGUUUCCAUAACUCAAUCUUCGUCUAGGGUUUAGCAAUCUGAAGAGAGUCAAAAGCUCCUGAGAUUAGAAACCAAGUACGAACUCGAAUCCAGAUGAUGAUCAGAUCUCUUUCCACCGCCAUUGUAUCGACGGCCAAGAGAUUUGUUCAUCAGAGCGGCUCCUGUUGCUGGGGACGACGAGCUCUCUCUUGUGCCACCGCUGAUUACAGAGAUACACUGAGAAACGAGCUACAUCAUCUAAAGCUAGAUGACGCGAUUGGUUUGUUCAACGUCAUGGCUCGAUCUCGUCCCCUCCCUUCGACUAUCGAUUUCAGCAGAGUGUUGACUGCGAUCGCGAGGAUGAAGAAGUUCGACGUCGUCAUCUCUCUCUGCCAAGAGAUGGAGCGUUUAGGGAUCCCGCAUAACAUCUACACUUGCAACAUUCUAAUCAACUCUUUCACCCGGUGCUCUCAGUCUCACCUCUCUCUUGCUUUAUCCUUUCUUGCGAAGAUGGUGAAGCUUGGGUACGCGCCUGAUAUAGUCACGCUCAGCUCCUUGCUCAACGGGUUCAAGGGGGUCUCGGGUGCAAUGUCGUUCGUGAAUCGAAUAGAGGGGAUGGGGUACAAACCGAAUGUUGUCGUCUACAACACUCUCAUCGAUGCUUAUUGUAAAGGCGGACGUGUGAGUGAUGCACUCCAGGUGUUCGACGUAAUGAAGAGGAAAGGGGUUGCGCCGAGUGUUGUUACGUAUAAUGCUGUGAUAAGGGGUCUUUGUAAGUCGGGGAGGUGGAAGGAAGCUGAUGGGUUGCUUAGCGAUAUGGUGGAGAAGAGAAUUGAUCCCAAUGUGGUUACUUUCAGUGUGUUGAUCGAUGCGUGUGUGAAGGAAGGGAAUGUCUUGGAGGCUAAAGAGUUGUACAAGGAGAUGAUCAGUAGGUCUGUGGAUCCUGAUAUUCGCGUUUACAACUCGCUCAUCAAUGGUCUUUGCAUCCACGGUCGGUUAGACGAGGCGAGGAAGAUGCUUGACUUCAUGGUAAGCAAGGGCUGCGUCCCGAACGUGGUGACGUAUAACACUCUCAUUAAAGGGUUCUGCAAGUCCAAGAGAGCGCAUGACGGGAUGAAACUCUUCUGCGAGAUGAAUCACAAAGGAGUGCGCGGCGACGCGUUCACUUACAACACUCUCAUCCAUGGUUACUGUCGUGUGGGGAAGUUUAGUGUCGCCCAAAAGGUUAUGAAGCGGAUGUCCGAGUCUUGCGUGCCUCGCGACGUCGUUACCUUCAACAUUUUGUUAGAUUGUUUAUGUGGUAUUGGGAAGAUAGAGAAAGCCUUGACGAUAUUUAGGGAUAUGGAGAAGAAUGAGAUGGAAUUUGAUAUAUUUACUUAUAAUAUCAUCAUUCAUGGGAUGUACAAGGCUGGUAAGGUGGAAGAUGCCAUGGAGUUGUUUUGUAGUCUCAACGAUAAAGGAUUGAAGCCAGAUGUUGUAACGUACCGGACAAUGAUCUCGGGGUUGUGUAGGAAAGGCCUGCGACACGAAGCCGAUGUGCUGUUUAGACAAAUGACAGAAGAUGAGUUUCUGCUAUUGUACAAUUUGUAGGAAUCCUUGUAUUCAUUUGUGUAACCACUUUGAAUAUAGGACGAUGCAGAGAUACAGAGAGUAAUAUAGAAACAUACUUCUAAUUGUUUCAGGCUUGGUCUAAAUUUGUCUUAGAGGUUACUCCGAGUGGCUGGAUCAAAGAGUCAACAUUGCAUUGUGUAAGGUGGCGAAAACUGAAAAAAAACUGCUCUUGUUGAUCAACGUGUAGAUGGGUAACUGAGAUGCCCAACACUAAGAAAUGGGUAGUAAGUGAAAGACAAUUGUGGCUGAGCGGUGAAGAAUAAGCUUCAGUACCGCAUGUGAAAAUCCAAAGUGCUUUGAGAUUAAUAUGAUUGCUGCAAGCAUUUGAAACUCCACUGUGCUGUCCUUCAUUUCUCAUAACUAGAAUCAGUUGAUCCAUGUGAUUUCGUGGUAGCAGGGAGAGUUAAGAGUGAAGUUGCAAAAAGAAGAUAAUCCAGCCAUUAUUUGAGUUGUGACAAGGAAUCGGAUCAGUAGCAUUGAGCAACGUUCCAAACGUGAUCUGAUCUGCGAUUAUUGUUGAGGCACUUAAGAAGCGUGUUUCUUGAGAAAGGACUUAACUUCAAGACUUCAAGUUCAUCUGAGACAUAUUUAUGGAACCAAAAGUGUAGGAAAAGCUUCAGAAUUGUCAAUAGCCAUCAUCAAAAGUUUCUGAUUGGUCUCACAACGCUUUGAUUCUUGUUCUUGCCAAAGAAACGAACUAAAAGCUUAUUCUUAUUUGGUUGCUCUUGAGAAAGGACUUAAUUAUCCAUUUUUAUCUUAUGUAAUUCCCUGAUGAAUAAUUACGUAUUUAUCCGUUUUAUUUUGAUUCUGGAAA